AUGGCAGCCGUGGACUUUGCACAGUUCGAGAGCAUCCUCAAGAGGCUUGAGGCGGUGGCUGAGCGGUUGGAGGGAUCGCCGACUGGUGCUCCUGCAGGUGGCGCUGCUGCCGGCGGAGGGGACGACCUGCCGCCUCUGGUGCUGGCGUUUGACGCCUACCUGCAGACCAAGCUGGCUCCUGCAGAGGCUGCUGCCAAAGACGUGGGAGUCGAGGAUGUGACUGAAGCCAUGCAGUCCUACGUGCAGGGGCUCAGGCUCCUGCGCGAGCUGCUCCUCGCCGCUGCCCGCUGCAAGAAGCCGCAGGACAGCGACUGGCAAGUGAUUCUGAAGCCCGUGAUGGAGCUGGGCUCCACGGUGCCAUAG